AGUACCAGAGACGAUUCAGUUUUCUCUAAGUUAAUACUUCUUCUUGACACACGGCUGAUCUCUCCUCGACCAAAUCACCAUGGAAGCUAUCAAGAAGAAGAUGCAGUCGAUGAAGUUGGAGAGAGAGAACGCCUGUGACCGAGCCGAUAUUGCAGAGCAACAGUGUCGUGACGCUAAUGCUCGAGCAGACAAGGCAGAAGAAGAAGUCAGGGCUCUUCAGAAGAAAAUCCAACAGAUUGAGAACGAAUUAGAUCAGGUCCAGGAGCAACUCGCUAGUGCUAACAACAAAUUAGAAGAAAAAGAUAAGGCCCUUCAAAAUGCUGAAGGUGAAGUUGCUGCUUUGAACAGACGAAUCCAGCUGUUAGAAGAAGACUUCGAGAGGUCAGAAGAAAGAUUAAAAAUUUGCACCCAAAAGCUGGAGGAAGCAUCUCAACUGGCAGACGAAAGUGAGCGUAUGCGAAAGAUGCUGGAACAUCGCAGCAUCACGGACGAGGAGCGCAUGGAUUCUCUUGAAAACCAAUUGAAAGAGGCCCGUAUGAUGGCAGAAGAUGCCGAUAGAAAAUACGAUGAGGUCGCCCGUAAGUUGGCCAUGGUUGAAGCUGAUCUGGAAAGAGCCGAAGAACGUGCUGAGAGUGGUGAAACCAAAAUCGUGGAACUUGAGGAAGAGUUACGUGUGGUCGGUAACAACUUGAAAUCCUUGGAAGUUAACGAAGAAAAGGCUCAGCAAAGAGAGGAAGCUUACGAAACCCAGAUCCGAAGCAUGACUUCCAGACUAAAGGAGGCUGAAGCUCGUGCCGAAUUUGCUGAGAGAUCAGUGCAGAAACUCCAGAAGGAAGUGGACAGGCUGGAAGAUGACCUCGUCCACGAAGGAGAAAUACAAGGCCAUCUCAGACGACCUGGACCAGACCUUUGCAGAGCUCACCGGUUACUAGGAGUUUGCUGACUUUUUCUCGGAUUUGUAUCUGUAUAUUGUAAAGGUCGUCACCCUGUUUCCUGUAAGCUUUCCACCCAAACAUUAUCCACAGUUCUUCUCAGUUCCCUCACUGAGACACCGAUGAAAUGUGAUCCAGAAACUUACCCAGGUGGCCGAAAUCAGGAAAUCAUCGGAGUUGUUGCAGGAAAAGAAACCAUCUGUAGCGUUUUCACAAAAUGUUGCUUACACGGUCCUCGCUGUGAGGGAGACGAAAAUAAAAGACUGUUUCUGUACCCA